AUGACACCACCCCGCGGGCCUUCACUCGCUCAGGCCCGCCAUUUUACCAACUCCCACAGCAGCAGCAGCAGCAGCAGCAGCGAAAACAACAACCACAACGACAAUAGUAACGACAACGACGAAAGGCACUCCCACUCUCAUUCGGACUUGCACAAGAAGCGCGAGGCCCCUUCUCCGCCGUCCUCCCAUUCCCGCGAACUACAUAUCCGCCAGGAGCCAGUCCCUGAUGUCGUGGAUGCCCGCGACAUCGAGGACACAUUUGUUACUCACGUCGUGCAGACCGUCUCUGUCGUUCAGGUCGUCGACUCCGCCGGAUCCGCCAUAGAGAUUCAGACCCAUUAUGCGCCCCCAGCGACCAUCGUCGUCGACCCCGUCUCCGGCCUGACCGAAACGUUGUUUUCCGGUACCGAUCCCGCUGCAGCCACGCCUGAGUCUGACCCGGUCGAGAUCUUCCCUGUAACCGAACCUGAACUGGAGUCCGACUUCGUUCCUGAGAUACCUCCCAUUCCGACUUCCGACGUUCCAGGCCUUGACCUUGUACCCGGCUUGCUUCCCUCACCGCCGUUCGUUUCUUCGGUCGUCCCGGUGCCGUCUGAAGAUUAUGUUUCUAGUCAUGAUAGCAUCCCGACGCCCGCUCCCUCCUCCAACACGUCGCCAUCGUUUCCAGUUAUCGGCAGCGUCGGCAACUCGACCAGGCCAGGUCUACUCCCAUCAUCACUCUUCAACAAUAGUUCUUCCUUUCUGGUGAAAGCUGAGACUGCGUUCGCCUCAUCGUCUUCGUCCAUGUUCUCGUCUGCAUUGUUCUCCACCUCUAGCGUUGGCAGUGGGAGCACCGCCACCACAACUACGCGUACGCGCUUUACCACUACGUCCUCGACAAGCCAAACGGGCGCGUCAACAGAGCAAGAAGCUGGCGUCGAGGGAGCCCCGGGCUUUGACCCGACACCUUUGACGACAUCAAGCCAAAACGAAGAGAGUGACGACUCGGCCCCCGCAACGGGCGUAGUUGUGGGGAGCGUGGUGGGCAGCAUAGCCGGUGCUGCCGUCUUGGUGUUCCUAGUCCUCUUUGCCCUUAAGAUGCGGAAACGGAAACAUGGUCGCAUCAUGCUUAGUGGUGGCCCACGUACCAAUCACCCCAACGGCAGCCGGGGCCUGCUCCCCGGCACUGACGGGCCCUCUGCUGGCGAUGGCGGCAUGACUCAGCGGUCUGUGGGCCUGGGCGCCGCCCUGGCCGGUUUUAGUCCUAAACGCAUCUCCCGGAACCGAAACGUCCCACCACCGACCGAGGCCGGAGUCGUUGGCGAAGGCGAAGCCGAACGCGGCUUCUACCGCGUUUCGGGUAGAAAGCUGCCGCCCGUCAUCCUCAACGGAGGUGAUGGUUACACAGCCCCUCGCGCCAGCACUAUGAGCGGGGGGGAGUCAGUCUACUAUCGAGAAUCGCGCUCAUUCUUCGACGGUGGCAGCCCAGGCACAGAUGCUCCGAGCCGGCUGGCCCUCGGGGCUCCCAUGAGACCAGUCAGCGGUGUGCCCAUCAUGCGAACGGGUCCAGCCCGCGGCGUCGUCACCGAAGAGAAUCCGUUCGCGGACCCUUUCUCGGACGACAUGGGCCCGCUGGAACCUCCGCCUCGCGACCCUACGGUUCGGUCGAUCAACUCUCAGGACGGGUCGGUGUCGAGAGGGUCAAGAGGAUCAGGCUCUCGGUUCACGGAGGACAUCAAUUAA